AUGUCCCAUCAUCGUUCUUUAGUAAAUCAUGAAUUGAACACGAGUCGUGACCCUCGCAAUCGUGAUCGUUCACGUUCUGAUAUUCGUCGACCAAAUAGCACUGAUACAUUUGCAGCAUCAGUGCCGAUUAUUCAACCUUUAAAACAGGAACAACCCACUCCGACAAAUGGUGUACUGGAGUUUUUCAAAACUCUUGGUCUUAAUUCACAAUUAAUUCAGGCAUUAAUUAAUGCGAAUCCUCAAAAUAGUCAACCAGUUCAACAACAACAACCUCAGCAACCAUCAGUAAACACUGCUCAAGAUUUUGCUUCAUUUCUCAGUCAUAGCUAUGGGCUUAAUUCAACUGUAAUGCCUACACCUAAUCAAUCAGUAAAUAGAGAUCCUCGACGUCGACAAAUAUCGAUGGUAACUAAUCCAUCAAAUUGUAAUCAAAUGUUAUCAAAUACUGUUUCAUCGAAUUUUGAUCGACCAACUGAUCCUCGUUCAAAUUCAGUAAUAACAAAUAAUAGUUUUUCACAUGUUAAUAAUAAUUCUUCGCUAUCAGUAUCUAUUGAUGAAUUAUUUAAACAAUAUCUUUCUACAAUUGAUCAAUCGUUGUUGAGCGAUGAAAUUCGUAAAAAAUUUCAACGUAUAGCAUUACUUGACAAUGAAUUAGAUAAAUUAUAUCGUAUGAAUAUUGAAUUAACAAAAAAUAUUGAAAGACGGUCACGACGGCGUACAUCAGCAAAAGAUAAAGAUCCUUUAUUGAAAGAAAAUGAGAAUUUACAAAAUGACCUUAUCAUAUAUAUAAAAACAUUAAAAACAACACUGAUGAAUCAUUAUCCAACAUAUAUGUUUGGUAGUAAUACAGUUAUUGGAAGAAAGUAG